AUGUUUAUUUACAAGACCUCAUCCAAGAUUGUUAUCUUUCUCAUCUAUGUCGAUGACAUCAUAGUAACUGGUAACGAUUCUGCUCUUGUCUCUCAUUUUAUAGUUGCUCUCGGAAAUCAGUUCUCCAUAAAGGAUUUUGGUGAUUUAUCUUAUUUUUUGGGUAUUCAAGUAACUAAGACUGCUGGUACUCUUCACCUAUUGCAAGAAAAGUACAUUUCUGACCUCCUCAAGCGUGCAAACAUGUCUGAUUCCAAAGCUAUUUCAUCACCCAUGGCCACUGGUACUCCAUUAUCCAUUGCUGAUGGUACUCCCCUGGAAAAUCCAUAUGAAUAUAAGAGUUUGGUGGGGGCCUUACAAUAUUGCACUCUCACUCGUCCAGAUAUUUCUUACUUCGUAAAUAAACUUUGCCAAUUCCUCUAUUCUCCCACCACAUCACAUUGGAAUGCUAUGAAACGCCUUCUCCGGUAUCUUAAAAGUUCUUCGACACAUGGUCUUUUAGUAACUAAAUCAGCAUCUCUAUCGUUAAUGUGCUACACUGAUGCCAAUUGGGCAAGUUGCCCCGAUGAUAGACGAGUACCAGUGGGUUUUGCACCUUUUUGGGAACCAACCUCAUUUCAUGGAACUCAGGGAAGUAGAAGGUUGCUUCUCGUUCUAGUGUCGUAUCAGAGUAUAGAGGUAUGUCUAAUGCUACAGCUGAUAUCAUUUGGAUACAAUCACUUCUUCAUGAACUUGGAGUUCCGCUUAUUAGCUCACCGCUUCUAUUGUGUGACAAUAUUAGUGCUACUUACCUAG